AUGAAGCAACAGCAACAGCAACAGCAACAGCAACAGCAACAGCAACAGCAACAGCAACAGCAACAACAACAGCAACAGCAACAGCAACAGCAACAGCAACAGCAACAGCAACAGCAACAGCAACAGCAACAGCAACAGCAACAGCAACAGCAACAGCAACAGCAACAGCAACAGCAACAGCAACAGCAACAGCAACAGCAACAGCAACAGCAACAGCAACAGCAACAGCAACAGCAACAGCAACAGCAACAGCAACAGCAACAGCAACAGCAACAGCAACAGCAACAGCAACAGCAACAGCAACAGCAACAGCAACAGCAACAGCAACAGCAACAGCAACAGCAACAGCAACAGCAACAGCAACAGCAACAGCAACAGCAACAGCAACAGCAACAGCAACAGCAACAGCAACCAACAGCAGCAGCAGCAACAGCAACAGCAACAGCAACAGCAACAGCAACAGCAACAGCAACAGCAACAGCAACAGCAACAGCAACAGCAACAGCAACAGCAACAGCAACAGCAACAGCAACAGCAACAGCAACAGCAACAGCAACAGCAACACAACAGCAACAGCAACAGCAACAGCAACAGCAACAGCAACAGCAACAGCAACAGCAACAGCAACAGCAACAGCAACAGCAACAGCAACAACAAAACCAAACCAUUUGA